AUGUUUUGUGCCACAGGUUAUGGUCCUGGCUCAGCCAAAGCCCGCAAAUAUGGUCAGGCAGGAGGUCUUGGAGGACUAGGAGGAAUCGGCCAAGGUGGUCCUGGUACAGGCUUCGGACCUGGAGGAGUUGUACCAGGUGGUGUAGGGACAGGCUUUAGACCAGGAGGAGUGGGACCAGGUGGUGCAGGAACAGGCUUCGGGCCUGGAGGAGUCGGACCAGGCGGUGCUGGAACAGGCUUUGGACCAGGAGGAGUGGGACCAGGAGGUGCUGGAACAGGCUUCGGGCCUGGAGGAGUCGGACCAGGCGGUGCUGGAACAGGCUUUGGACCAGGAGGAGUGGGACCAGGUGGUGCUGGAACAGGCUUUGGACCAGGAGGAGUGGGACCAGGUGGUGCAGGAACAGGCUUUGGACCAGGAGGAGUGGGACUAGGUGGUGCUGGAACAGGCUUCGGACCAGGAGGUGUUGGACCCGGCAGUGCUGGUACUGGCUUAGGGGUUCUCGGUUAUGGUCCAAGUGGAACAGGAACUGGCCCUGGAGGGAGAAUUGGUGUUGGGCCUGGUGGCACUGGAACUGGAUUAGGAGGAACAGGACCUGGAGGGUAUGACGCCAGUGCGAAAGCUCGUAAAUAUGGUAUGCUAAGUGGAGCUCUUGGAGUUGGAACUGGCCUUGGACCAGGAGGAGUGGGACCAGGUGGUGCUGGAACAGGCUUUGGACCAGGAGGUGUCGGACCAGGUGGUGCUGGAACAGGCUUUGGGCCAGGAGGCGUGGGACCAGGUGGUGCAGGAACAGGAUUUGGACCAGGAGGAGACCAGGAGGUGCAGGAACAGGCUUUGGACCAGGAGGAGUGGGACCAGGAGGUGCUGGAACAGGCUUCAGGCCUGGAGGAGUGGGACCAGGCGGUGUUGGAACAGGCUUUGGACCAGGAGGAGUGGGACCAGGUGGUGCUGGAACAGGCUUCAGACCAGGAGGAGUGGGACCAGGCGGUGUUGGAACAGGAUAUGGACCAGGAGGAGUGGGUCCAGGUGGUGCUGGUACAGGAUUUUGGCCAGGAGGAGUGGGUCCAGGUGGUGCUGGAACAGGCUUUGGACCAGGAGGAGUCGGACCAGGUGGUGCUGGAACAGGCUUCGGACCAGGAGGAGUGGGACCAGGUGGUGCUGGAACAGGCUACAGACCAGGAGGAUUGGGACCAGGCGGUGCUGGUACAGGCUUUGGGCCAGGAGGAACUGGCUAUGGACCAGGAGGUAGGAUGA